AUGCACAGAGAGAGUAGCAGCCUGUCGCUCUCCACCAAUAGGAAAAGUGAGUGGGUGUUGGAGGCGGGUCCUCAGGGUGAGCAGACUCAAGAGUUGUUCGGCAAGAGCAACGCAGGGACCGUUUUCAGUCUCAUUUCUGCUAGAUCUCAAUAUUAUAUCACACUGGAAUGUCCGAAAACAAGCCCGAAUGAUGAACCGAAGUUAUCUACGACGGACAGGGUGGUGAAAUCCGUCCCGUUCCCCCCCAGUCACCGGCUGACGGCUAAAGAGGUGUUCGACAGUGAUGGGAAGCCCAAAGUGGACGUGCUGAAAGCUCACCUAACCAAGGAGGGACGCGUGGAGGAAUCGGUGGCACUGAGGCUCAUAGCAGAGGGUGGGGCGAUCCUGCGUGCAGAGAAGAACCUGCUGGACAUCGAGGCCCCUGUGACAGUGUGUGGAGACAUCCAUGGGCAGUUCUUUGACCUGAUGAAGCUGUUUGAAGUAGGAGGAUCACCAGCAUCCACGCGCUACCUUUUCCUGGGGGACUACGUUGACAGAGGGUAUUUCAGUAUUGAAUGUGUGCUGUACUUGUGGGCCUUAAAGAUCCUUUACCCCAAAACACUGUUUUUGCUGCGUGGGAAUCAUGAAUGUAGACAUUUAACAGAGUAUUUCACAUUUAAGCAGGAAUGUAGAAUUAAGUAUUCAGAGAGGGUGUAUGACGCAUGUAUGGACGCCUUCGACUGCCUUCCCCUGGCUGCACUUAUGAACCAGCAGUUCCUGUGUGUACACGGAGGACUGUCUCCAGAAAUCACAAAUCUUGACGACAUCAGGAAACUAGACAGAUUCAAAGAGCCUCCAGCGUACGGACCAAUGUGUGAUCUGCUGUGGUCCGACCCCCUGGAGGACUUUGGGAACGAGAAGAGCCAAGAGCAUUUCACACACAACACAGUGCGAGGCUGUUCCUACUUCUACAGCUACCCUGCAGUCUGUGACUUUCUACAACACAAUAACUUAUUAUCUAUCAUCCGGGCCCAUGAAGCGCAGGAUGCUGGAUAUCGCAUGUACAGAAAGAGUCAGACCACUGGCUUCCCAUCUCUUAUCACCAUCUUCUCAGCACCCAACUACCUAGAUGUCUACAACAACAAAGCGGCAGUGCUGAAAUACGAGAACAACGUGAUGAACAUUCGGCAGUUCAACUGCUCACCUCACCCUUACUGGCUGCCCAUCAUGGACGUUUUCACCUGGUCUCUGCCAUUUGUGGGAGAGAAGGUGACUGAGAUGCUUGUGAACGUGUUGAGCAUCUGCUCCAACGAUGAGCUGACGACUGAUGAGGAGCUGGAUGGUGCCACAGCUUCUGCCCGUAAGGAGGUCAUCCGCAACAAGAUUCCGUGCCAUUGGCAGAUGGCCAGGUAUUUUCUGUGCUGAGAGAGGAGAGUGAGAGUGUGUUGACGCUGAGGGACUGACCCCAACAGGCAUGCUACCAAGCGGAGUGCUGUCCGGUGGCAAAGAGAAGCUGCAGAAUGCCAUUAAAGGCUUCUCGC